AUGUGCAGGCCUGGAUAUCGCGCUUGUGCGGCAGAUAGCCAUGACCACAAGCAAGAUCCGGACUUGAUGUUUUGUUUUAGCGAACUCGAGCUGGAGGCCAGAUUCGAUUCGCGGCGGAAUUACUAUGAGAGGAAGAGACACAGAAAGAACGCUCAGAUCGGCCGCAUCCCAACGCAGCUGCUGCAAAUCCCGUCUGCACGUACCCAGACAAGAGUCGAGAAAAUCGGGGAUUUGGAUGGACGUUCCCUAGCCGGUGGAUCGUGGGGAGAGAGGCCAGGCUGGGAGUUGCUUCUGCUGCGAAGCACCGGCGCACCCUCAAGUACCGGUACGUGUGCCUGGCGCUGGCGAGGAUCAGAAGCCGCCCACAGCGCCCACAGCGCCUGGCAUGCACCGCUGAUCACAGCACAGCGCUCACCGCCGCAACCAUGUGGUGCUACCACACGAUAUUACCGCUGUCAGGCCCGCCGCUGCCAGGCCACAAUAGCUGCCCCCCCUGAUAGAGACCAUCGGCCGUCUGGAGUUUCUCGCUUGAGGCUAAGAGGCGCCUGUCCCAGCAGCUUGUCGCCUAGUGCCAAAAUCGCAGGCCAAUGCCGCUGCAUGGAGCCCUUAAAACCGACCCCUAACCCACAGCGUCUCGUCCCCUUUUCCAACCCCUGGCCGCUGUGCUGCUCCAAACGGACGGGUACCAGUAUACUAGCAUCAGGCUCCACCAGCAAGCGAAAACUUGAGCAGCCAAUUCGCGACCCCAUUGGUUUGAUGCUAACCAAUUGGCUACACUUUUCAGAUGAAAUUUACAAAGCCACCAAACUGAGCGAUCGCACCGCCAAUCGCCAUGCCCAAGUCGAAGACGAAGUAGAAGAGAAUCCCGCCGAGGACGACGAAUUCGGUCCUGAAUUGCCACCAGAAGACGACGCCGGCGAUGACGAAGAAGGCCGCUUCUUCGGUGGCGGCAUCUCCAAACAAGAAUCCGAGAUUCUCGAUUUCGUCGACAAGGCCGAAGCGGGCGGCGAACUGGGCAAGAUAGACAGCGCCUGGCUUAGAAGAACGGCGCUCAACCUCGAGAAGCUCAUCACCAAGAAUUCGGAGCUGCGCGCCAGGUUCGAGGACGAGCCGCACAAAUUCAUCGACAGCGAAGCCGACCUCGAUGCCGAAAUCAAGAACCUCUCUCUGCUUGCUGAGUCUUCGGAGCUGUACGAGGAGUUUGUCAAGCUGGGGAGCGCGGGCAGCUUGGUCAGCCUGCUGACGCACGAGAAUACAGACAUUGCGAUUGAUGCAAUUGAGAUUAUUGGAGAGCUCACAGACGAUGAUGUUGUUACGGAGACUGAGCAAUGGGACACGUUAGUUGGCGCAUUAAUUGACAGCGACCUGUUUGGUCUGCUAGUCUCCAACUUGACUCGCUUCAACGAAGACGACGAGUCCGACCGCACAGGCGUCUAUCACUCUCUCAGCGUGUUAGAAAACCUCAGCUCCCAGAAAGCCGUCACCACGCGAAUGUGCGAGGAGGAUGCCCUGCUAAAGUGGCUGCUGCAGCGCAUUCAGCGCACCGAAUCGCCAGUGACCCAGAACAAGCAGUAUGCUGCAGAGAUCCUGGCCAUCCUCGCCCAGACAGCGCCCGAAAACUGCGAAAAGCUCAUCGGCCUAGACAUCAUCGACACUAUGCUCCAGCUAGUAGCUCCCUAUCGUCGGCGAGAUCCAGAAAAGGGAAGCCCGGAGGAGGAAUUUGUUGAGAAUUUAUUCGAAAGCCUUACAUGUCUCGUUGACAUUGCUGCCGGGAGAGCCAAGUUCCUCGAAGCUGAAGGAACCGAGCUCUGUCUCAUCAUGGUCAAGGAGAGCAAAAUGGCAAAGAACCCGUCAUUACGCCUGUUGGAUCACGCGACAGGCGGCGCCACCAGCGUCGAGAUAUGCCAAAGAAUAGUCGAGGCAGGAGGACUGAAAACCACAUUCACCCUGUUCAACAAGACGCAGGACAACCGCCUCAUUGGGCCGCUGCUGUCCAUCUUCUCCUCCAUGCUGCGACUAUUGCCUGCCGAAUCCGCGGAGCGGAUACGCCUGCUGGCCAAAUUCGUCGAAAAGGACUACGAAAAGACGGCAAAGCUGGUAAAGCUACAUAGAGACUAUACCACGCGCAUUAAGGCCGCCGAAGAAGCGCAUCAACUAGAGUCGAUCAACUCACGCGACGCAGAGGAGGAUCGUGAGAUUCAGCUGCUCUCGCGGAAGAUGGACGCCGGACUUUUCAACCUCCAGCUCGCCGACGUCAUUCUGGCGUGGCUCAUCGCCGAGGACGGCGGCGCAAAUCAGAAAAUUAAGCGGCUGCUAGCGGAGACAGACGAUGACUUUAAAUCGAUACAGAAGACGCUCAAAGAGCAGUUGAAGGAGUUGGAUACCACGGAGGAAGACAGCAAGGAUAUGGGCGAGAUGCUGAGCACCCUCAUAGAUUUCCUUGAUUAA